CUUCAUGUAAACACAACGAGCAUUCACGGCUUUGUUUCAAACGCACACACACGCUCCUCGCAGGCAUCCCCCUUUCUUCUAGUCAUGCCAUGGAUAUUUUGUGGCAAUACCAGUUCAGGAUAAUUCUACUCGGGGACUCCACGGUGGGGAAGUCGUCGUUGCUGAAGCGCUUCACGGAUGGGAUUUAUAGCGAUGUGGCGGAUCCGACGGUCGGGGUAGAUUUUUAUGCCCGCUCGCUUGAUGUCGAGCCCGGGGUGAAAAUUAAGCUUCAGCUUUGGGACACGGCUGGACAGGAACGAUUCAGGUCCAUCACAACGUCAUACUACCGAAACUCUGUGGGCGGGCUGCUCGUCUUUGAUCUCACCAACCGUAAGACCUUUGACCACGUGAGGGAGUGGCACAAGGAGGUGAGUGAGCACAUCCUGCCUCACCACAUGGUCUACAUCCUCAUCGGCCACAAGAGCGACCUCAACAAGGACCGCAAGGUGAGCCGGGAUGAGGCGGAGCAGCUUGCAGCAGAACUCGGCAUCCGCUAUGUGGAGACGUCGGCCAAGUGCAACAGCAACGUGGACCGGGCCUUCGAGCUGCUGACCAGAGACAUCUACGAGCUGAUGAAGAUGGGGGAGAUUGUCACCCGCGACGGAUGGGACGGGGUGAAGAGCGGCCUCACUGCCAAGGUCCUCUACCCGGAGGACGAAGAGGAGCUAGCUACAGCAACGGCUGAAAAGGGCUGCCACUGCUGACUGAGAACUCUGUGUCCAAACAUCAUCCUGUCACACCAAGAGCUCACCUUGUCUCACAGUCGUCCAUCGAAACCAAGUCACUCAGGCUGAGCACCCUGAAAUCACUAUUCAUCACUUCCUCACCUUGUGCUUUGUGCCCUUCGUGUUCAGGUUCUUCUGAAAACUGGGAUUUUUUUUGUCUAACAGGGCAUCAUUGUACAUCCUGAUGUGUAUCUUUUAGGCAAGUCGUAUCUCUAUGGGCGUUUUCACAUAGAUAGCUUGUUUGCUCUGGUCUGAAUCAGCGGUUAAUUUUGUACAUUGCUGGGUAAUUACCUUAGCUUUUGUCUUUGAGCACAUGAAGACAUUUAAAAGCGAACCACAAUGGGGAAAUGUCUGUAAUCAGCCGCAAUUUCUUUCAUGAAAAGUAAAAAAGACUAGUUGACUCCUGUUUGGCUGUAGCUGCUCCAAAGUCACUUUUCAACUUUAAAAUGGACAGAGAACUUCAAUUAUGUGGUUUUUAAAUACUUAAAUUCUCAAACUUUUUCAUUUUAAAGAAAAUGAAAAAGUUUGAAAAUGAGGCCCAGCUCUGUCUAUAUUGGAGAUACAGAUAUUGGAGGGUGAGCAGGUAGCUAGUUUGAUCCAAAAAAGUGCAACACUUCCUGCAGUUAGAUUGGAUUGAGGUGUGUUUAUAGUUUUAGAAAUGAUCCACAACCUGAGUCUGAAAAAGCAGACCUAGGCCCACCUUUUCAAGCAGUUGUUUGUUCCACACUGGGGCUCGUUCGACAGCUUUCACACCAGCGCAAACAAACAGCAAAUAGACUCGACAAGGUAGGUGUGAAAAUGCCCAAAGUCCAUGUGGUGUAGCAUGAGGCAGCCUAUUUUGGGCCAAGAAAUCGUGCAGAUGUGAUCAUGCCUUGGAUUUAGCUUAGCAUGUAGCCAGUACUCCUUUUCACAAAUCUGGGGUUCAUGGACUACCAAGCUCACUGAAGGUUAAUCAGUGGACGAUGACGUCCAGUCAUCUAUUGUGGGUUUCUACCUGUCAAAGUGUAUGCCAUGCUUCUCCUGCAAUCUUUUGUGACUGUAAAAUUGUAAAUAAUAGUGAAAUCUAUAGAGAUAAAUGCUAAAAGGUCACUAAAGCUAUUUAAAUACUAAUGUGAACAGACACAGUGCACUCUUCAAUAAGUGUCACCAUGUUAAUCAAUGUGCUACUCCCGCUACUGUAAGCUGUGUGUGCACUAACGCCAAACUGACUCUGAUCAUCCUGUGAAUAGAUGAUUACUGUUUUUGUUAAAAGAGUAUAGAUAAUUCUAGUUUAGGUGUUCACACAAAUAUAGGCCAUUGUAAUUAAGGUAGGUGGUCCCAUUUAGGUCAUUGUAUGAUAGCAUCAGCAUCCAGCAUGUCAGCUGUCGUCAGACCUUUGAAGAGCAACUUGCAGGAUCAUUUUUUACAUUAACGCUAGAUCUUCUCUGAUAAGGCUUUUGACUUAGUUAAUCAUUGUUUUUAAAGGUAAUACAACAAAAAAGGUGCAAAUGAAGAGGAAAACAUGUCUUUUUAACUCAUUAUGCUCUGUUUUGGAACAUCAUGUCAUAUUAUGUGACUAAAGGGACUCAACUCUGCUCAGAUCAACCUACAGUAGUAGGUUGUUGCAGUUUGACUGGUUUUUACAUUGUAUUUGUACUGUUUUUAUAGUCCUACACUUCAUUGUAUCAGGUUUGCAUUGGCUGCAAAAACACAGACCUGACAGGAUGCUGAGUUCACUGUUUCCCAAACUGGGAAAAAAGCUAACUCAAUGCCUCGGUGCAUUUUGUGCAGGUGAAUAACAGGAAUUUCUUUCUACAGUUGUCCCAAACAGGGUUGGAAAUCAGCACAUGUACCCACCAAAUUAGAGUGUUAUUGUGUAAUGUGGGGUGAAUCUGCUAACCUAUCAGCCAGACAGCCGUGACCCUGCUCAGAAGGGGCUCUUCUUCCAGAUAUAGUCAUUAUAAGUGUGCAUCAAAUAUGAGAAAUAUGUCUAAAAGUACUAAGAAGCCAAGAGCAAAUAAAUAUUAUCAAUAUAGAUUAGGAUUAUCUCAAAAAGUCCCAAAAAGGCAUGCAAUACAUGGAAAUGUAUUUUUUGUUGCCGAAGAUGAGAUAUUGCAUAAAAAGCACUUUUUUUUAAAUUUUACAACUUCCACCUGGCCUACAGAGAUGUUAACAUUUGCGAGUGUGAGUUAUGAUGCUCUUCUAAGAGCCGUUUAUUUUUUUAUUUCACAUUUGUUUAUACCCUGUAGUUCUCUGUCUGUGAUCACUGAAAAAGAUGCUUUAGAAUCUUUAGAAUCUCUUUAUUAUGAAACAACCUAUCAGAAUAUAGGGGUAUUUUCAACAGUAGCUUAGCAUAACAAAUGUCUAAAAAUACAGCAAGGAUUCACAGGCACAAUUAUCCAUAGAUACUCAGUCAAACACAUCAGUGCAUUGAGAAAUGAACACACAGUGAUUUGUAGAUACAUCUUUCUUUUGUCUCAUGUACAAGAGUGUCACAUGGCAGGCUCAGUUGAGGGAGAGCGGGGUCAUAGCAUGGCAUUUUUUAGACACCAUGCCCUCAUACGCAUCUCUCUCAUGAAAUUUAUGUGCUUAGCAUUUUAUAAAUUUUAAAACAACACUAAAAAUCAUCUGUAGUGCUUAUUUUUGACUGCAUCAUGCAAAAUCAUAGCAUUUGAGAGUAUUUAAGUCUGAUCUGCUGGCCACAAACCAUCAGUUUCACUCACAACUAUUGAUUAUUUUAAAGUUUUUGACAUUUGACAGACUUAACAGUAUUGUGACAUGAAUGCAUUUUUAAAUACUGCUAGCUAAUGCAGGAUAUUCACCUUGGCACCUGAACCAUUCUCCACUGGUUUUGGUGACACAAAAGCUUUAUUCCUCUCCUGUCACUGUAAAUUCUCCUCAUCCUAAAUCUGUUUGUUGCCUAGCAGGUUUAAAAGUACAAGCCUGUAGACUUCAUAUGAAUAUGAAUGCAUAAGUUCUUUCUUUUCAUUGUCAAGACCAAAUUAUAUCCAUUUAAUGUCUAACACACUGAAACCAGCAGGGCUCCCUAUACUAUUUUCAAUGUGGAAUUGAAAGCAAACUUACAAAAAUGACCUCUGGAAUCACUAUAGUAGAUUAAUUUAUUUUUCUUGUUAUUUUCCUACAAAACAAUUAACUAGGGUCUCCAACCUGCAAGUUGCUCUGUCAAGACUCCACCAGCUGUUGUAAAGAUGUGUUUGAUUUAGAAAAAAAGGAAGUCUGAAUUUCACCUGCAGCUGUUUGUGUCUUAAACAAACAGCUGCUUCUUUAGCUCAAAUCUCAAAAGUGAUAUUCUAUUCUGAGCUGAGAUCAUGCCAACUCAUUCAAUCUAGUCGUGUGGAUCUGUGCUGCUUUUGUGGGCCUCGUCUUUACGCUGUGUUCAGGAGGUGUCAGUAGGAAUAUUUGGGUUUAACUCCAUAUAAAGACAGGCUUUCAAGUCAAAAACCUUGCAAAAGCUAUUAAGUAUUUCUUUUAUCAUGAAUUUUACAGCCCUCCAAAUCCAACAGAGUCUCGGCAGACUGGAGCUAUAGAGCUCAGCACCCUGGAUUAGGUUUGUGGAUGGAUCACAUGUCAUUGCCCCGGCUAAUUCAUGCUUUUUAGUUGCAUGUUUUUAACUCAGUAAGUGCUUGUUGUAUCUCUGCUGGGCUAACAAGAUGUAUUUAUAUACAUUUAGGGUCGAACACUUUUCAAGAGUUUGCUUUGGUACAAAUUUUAUCAGCCUGUCUGAACACUUAACAAGUCUGGCUUCUUUUAUAGUUUUAGAAGUGCUCCCAACAGUGACUUUCAGUUAAGCUGCUAAAGGGCUGAUCUGAUUUUGCAUAUUCACAUUUUCCUGUGAAAACAGUAUUUGACAGAGGGUUUGCAGCAGAUAUUGAUUGGAUUUUGAAGUAGCCUGUAGCGCUCAAAUGUGUCAGCUGCUCACAUCUCUGCUUACGCUUAGCCAACUAAUAUGAGAGUUUUCUGAUCAGACAUCUUGAAAGCAGAUUUUUAAAAAGGGGGUAAGGCACUGAAGGGGUUAGCAAUAAUGAUUGUGCCAUACUGGAAAUGCAGUUUUUCAUUUCUGGUUGACUUUGCAGUAGGCAAACACACUAUAUGGACAAAAGUAUUCAGCCACCUCCCCAUUACAUCAACAGGGUCUGAAAUGACAUCGUAUUCAAAUACUUGUACUUAGAUGACCCCGCUAUUGCAGCUACAACAGCCUCCAUUCUACAUGGAAGGCUUUCCACAAGAUUUUUGAGUGUUUCUGCGGGAGUGUCUUCUCAUUCAUUCUGUAAAGCAUUUAUGAGGUGAGGGACUGAUGUUGGAUGAGAAGGUCUGGCUCGCAAUCUCCAUUCCAGUUCAUCCCAAAGGUGCCUGAUGGAGUUGAGGCUAGGGCUCCUUGCGAGUAAAUCAAGUCCUUCCACACUAAACUCAUCAAACCAUGUCUUUAUAGUCUUUGUUUUGUGCACUGGGGCACAGUCAUGUUGGAAUAGUAUAGGGCCUUCCCCAAACAGUUGCCACAAUGUUGGAGGAAUACCGCUGUCUUGGUAUGCUGAAGCAUUAAGAUUGUCUUCACUGGAGAAAAGGGGCCUGGCUCAAAACCUGGAAAACUGCCCCAUACCACUAUCCCCCCUCGCCCAAGCUUUACGUUGGCACAGCGAUAGCUAGAUAGUUAUAUUCUCCUGGCAUCCACAGUCCAGUGUUUGUAUGCUUGCCAUCGGACUUGGUGAUGUGUGGCUUACAUGCAGCUGCUCAGCCAUGGAAACACAUUUCAAGAAGCUCCCGCCGUACAGUUUAUGUUCAGAACUCUUCAGCUAUGGAAUCAUCAGAGCGUUGGCAACUAUAUGUACCAUGCGUUCCUGAACGCUUCCACUUUCUAUUAAUAUCAUUUCCAGCUGACUGUAAGUGAAAUUUCAUGAAGCGUUUCAUUGCAAAGAUGGCAUCCACAGUACCACACUUGAAAUGGUGACUGCAUGAUGCUGCCCUUAUCAGACAUUGAGUGUUAAUGUGCUGGGUGCUUGACUUUAUACACCUUGGCAAUGAGUCUGAUUGAAACACUUGAAUUCAGUAACUAACAGGUGUGGCCAAAUACUUUUGUGCAUACAGUGUAGGUGGAGUUGGGGACAUGUGACUGCCGAUCAGUCAGAUCUUCGAUGCUCCUAAUUAUGCAAAACUCAGAAGUUGAUAUUAAAAAAAUAUUUUGUUUAUGUAGGAAAAAUUAACCUCCAAAGUGUGAAUGAACAAAGAUAUAAGCUAUUCAUAUUCACUCUACUUUUGGAACCAGGCUGCAAACGGGCUUGUUUCUGCUGUAAAAAUACACAUUUAACAUGGGUGUUAAAGGUGCUUUUGGAACCAGCCUCAAGUGGUCAGUCAGGGGACUGCAGGGUUUAUUUGUACUUCCACAUUGUCUGCAGAAGUUGCUGAGCUCCAGUUUGCAAAAUUUUAAGUAACAGUGGUGGGACAGAUAUUAAAGUAUUUCAUUCGAUGCUAAAUAAAUAGAUGCCCACUGGUGAAGGAUAAAACAUUUAAAUGUUCUUACAUACAACCAUUGUUCCAAUAAAGAAAAUACAAAAAACAUUUUUGACGUUGCCAAGAUGGCGUUGGCAAGAUGCUGAUAUAUAUAUAUGCUGAUAAUAAGUGUAAGACAUGUAAUAAAUUAUUAAAAACUCUGCAGUAAGCAUAUUUUUUUAUAUGUUUUCCUCACAUUAGUUUCAUUUAUAACGUGUUAUAUGUCAUUUUUAUUUUAAAUUGAAAGUCAGGCAUAGAAAAGAACACAUAGAUUUUGAUAUUCAGUAAUUAAAAAUAUCUAAAAGACAUGCAUUUAAGUGGUGUUAAUGCAGUUGAUGCUAUAAGUAGAUUGAAGAACUGGUCAAGAGUGUGGCCAGACAGCGAUGCUUGUUGUAAGAAACUGCUGAAUGAAACAGUAUUUUUCAAUCAAGGAGAGCUAAAGAUGCUAAAGAGCUCAGUACCUUUAUAUUCUCACAGUGUAAGGGAUUUGUAUAAUGCUAAGGAACAUCAUCAAGCUCCCCAUGUGGCCCCCUAAAACCCCCUGAAUCUAGAAAUGAAGUGAAAGUUUCUAACACUCUAAAUCCAUAAUCCAAACACAGUUCUUAGUCUUUUUUCACAUGUUUACAGCUUCUUCUUCCCCAUCAUUUAUGAUUUGUUUAGAGACUAAUGUCUUGUUUUACAUGAGGUAGGAUAUUUUUAAAUAACUGACUUGUAACAGCUUAAAUGGAGCUCUCAAACCUGGCAGUUUCUCCCUUUGACACUGAGGGUCAUGUAUGACUUUAGUCUCCAGAAGCUUUUGAUGCAGACAUUAGUAAUCAGUUGUUUACAGACCUGGAGCACACAAUCAAUAGACCACAGUCCAAUUUGCCUCAACUCAUAACACUUAUUCACCUUUCACCAGCAUCUCACCACAAUAACCUGGGAGAUUAUGCAUUCUGUAGUGUUUACUUAGUAUUCAUGUGACUAAACUAACAUCUACGUUACUGAGUAUGGGUGAUCCAGAGGGUGUACAGUACAGCGUGUAGUUGCUGCUUUGUAUCUGAUAAGGAAUGUUGCACCAUCCCUUUAUGUAGUGCUGAUUCAGACUUCAUACUUCCAGUUUAACCACCAUCUGUUACAUUCAGGUUUAUUAACUGAAUAUAAUAAUACAUGCUGUUACACCACAUAGUUUUUGUUUGUUUGACAAUCAUAACAUUUUGUGUCCUCAUUAGGGGGUCACUCUAGGAGAUCUUGUUGAACUACCAUUUAACAUUAAAAAUCACCAUUGACAUCCAGUCUGUAUGGUGGCCCUGAAGGUCAACUGCAGAAACAUUUAAUUGGAUGCAAACACAUUUUGUGAUUUAAUGUUUGUUUUACUCCUUUUUUGUCACAUUUUGAAAUCCCACUAUUUUGCAUUUUUUGCAUUUUGGUUGAGGAUUUUUUUUCCCUUCCACCUCCUUAAAAUGUCCAUUUUAAAUUUUUACAUAGGUAGAGUAGGAAUUUGUUGUAAAAGUUUACAAUUGGAGCUAUUUAUCAUCCCAAAGAAUCCUACAUUAAAUAAAUCAUGGCAGUAUAUGAUUUAUUCCCAAAUUGCUGAAAAUAUUUAUAUUUAGAGCAACAUUAGAAGUAAUGUUUAUACUGUCUUAACGUUCUUAAUGAUACAGAAAAAAAAUCUGAUUUUUAAAAAAUUAAGUUUGGAUUCAACAAUUAAAUUCCAAUGUUAUGAUCACAAAGGCCCAGUUGUUUAUCACAUGUCUUUUUGUAUUUAUCUCUCAGAGCGCUGAUAAGCACAACCAACCUGAAACAUUCAGGGCUAAAGCCCCAUUAGCCACCCCCUCGCUCCGCCUUUGGUUUGAUAUCAGAUGAAUUUUGACUUGCCCACUGCACUGUAAAACCAAACAAGUUGAAACUGCUCAUAUUUUUUGUCAACAAUUGAUUGCAAGGUUUUAAGUAGUGGAAAAGACUUUAUUUCUAAUCAUUACCUGUACAUCAAUAUGGGGUUACCUUGACUUUUCAAAAGUUAAGCUGUGAUAACGGUCCUAAUCUGUUUGAAUUCAAGUCAUAACACCUUAAAGUGUUUUUGUAACACUAUUCUUCAUCCACUGUAAUCUUCCCUUAUUUCGAUCACAUUAUUUAGUCUGUAAUAUUUAUGCCACUCAAGAUAGACCAAUUUAAGGGAAGUAACAGUGAGUAAAAGGUGAACUCUGAAGCGGCAGGUUCUCCAUCAAGAUGGUCAGUAUACUGUCCACCAUUUCUCACUACAGAUGGGACUGACUGAGUCAGUAACUUCAUUCAUGGUGUGAAAGUGUCUAACGCCCAAAGGCAUUCAGGGGAAACUCUGGAAAUUUCAGUACAAUGACAAAAAUCACUUAGAGUGAUUCAGUACUGUUAGAUUAAAUGUGUCUGGUCAGCUCAGAAAAAGAGAACUGAAAUAGUUAUUUUGAAUGUUUAGGUCAACUCAGUUCUUUUAACAACCCUCAGCUCUUUGGUCUUACAGUGUGAGCGGUCAUUUUUUAAAAAACUGAAUGAGACAUUAAGAAACAGUGGUGGACUUAUUUUACAUCGCUGUGGCUGCAUGAAGACGUUGCAGUGGUGUAACAAAAGUGUAACAAAAGGGAGCAUACAGUUGAUGAAAAAUAACACUCUAAUUAUUAACCACAUCACAAUAAAGUACUGAAGAAAAAUUCAUGGAACCCAAAUGUACUUACCUUUUGUGAAAGGCUUUUGCCUUUCUAUUGAAUUUUUCUGCAGUUGACCUUCAAUUGUUAGUUUAUUUAUUUAUUUGUUGGAAGUUUUUGUUGUUGUCCAACUGUGUUGAAACUAAAACUACCUUUCUGCUCUCAUCUAAACAGGGUUGACUUGUCUGAUAUUGUUUGACUUUGUAUGUUUUUAAUUAACAGUUACUCUGAUUUCCAUCCUUGAAUGCUGCCUGCACACCAGCAGGGCGCAUUACGCUGCAAAGCGUGAUGAUGAAAGACUGCUGGAAAAGCCCAUUUAAAGGACACUAAUGGCAUGGCUUCUUGAAAGACUGACUCCAAGGGAGGACAUGGCAUUUACCAUAAUAAGACAACAGUGUUUACUAGCUAAUAAAUGUACAGGAAAUUUACAGAAGCAUUUUAAUCUCACUAUAAUCCUGUAAACAGUCACAGUACUGUAUCAUUAUGAUAAUGCUAACAGCCUUAUCUAGCUUAUUGCUUACUAAAUUAGACCAAUAUGUUUCAAAUGCACACUUCUGGGGUGGAAAAAAGGUGAAAAAAAAAAACAUUAUAAUGUUUAGAAUAACAAUCAAGUUAUAGAACUGAGCCAGGAGGCAACUAGUUUUUGGUUAAAACUGGACUCUAUAAAUGUUGAACUGUAUGCCUUUUGUGGUAUUUUAAAUGAUCCUCAAAACGAUCACAUUUAUCCACCGAUAUGGCUCCUGUAUCAGAUGAUUACAGAUUUAAGGCCUGCAUGACGGUACACCGCACAGCUCAUUCAGCUCCUGCUCCCCAUGGUCACAUCUCACAGCUUUAUUGAAUAAAUGUUAUUUAUUUUAUAUAUUCUGUAUAAGGUAUUUGCCUUUCAUUUAUUGUGUUUUACUGAUUGGUUAAAAAAAUAAAUAGAUGUCCAAUGA